AUGGCGACGUCUAAUCUGUUAAAGGGCCGGGGCCAGGGAAGUAGCACAACUUGGAUCUGGACAGAUGACAGUGCUGUGCAGGAUCGGAUGACAGGACCGGCAGUGACAGCGGUGACUGAGGGGACACCCUUCUCAGACACUGUGGGGAAUAAAGGCUCACUACAGUUUGAAGAUAAAUGGGAUUUUAUGCGUCCUAUUGUUCUGAAGCUUUUACGCCAGGAAUCUGUCACAAAACAGCAGUGGUUUGAUUUGUUUUCGGAUGUCCAUGCAGUUUGUCUGUGGGAUGAUAAAGGCCCAGCAAAAAUCCAUCAGGCUUUGAAAGAAGAUAUACUUGAUUUUAUUAAACAAGCACAGGCAAGAGUACUGAGCCAUCAGGAUGAUACAGCAUUGCUAAAAGCUUAUAUUGUAGAAUGGAGAAAAUUUUUUACUCAGUGUGAUAUCUUACCUAAACCAUUCUGUCAACUAGAGAUUACAUUAAUGGGUAAACAGGGCAGUAACAAAAAAUCGAAUGUGGAAGACAGUAUUGUUAGAAAGCUAAUGCUUGAUACAUGGAAUGAAUCAAUCUUUUCAAAUAUAAAGAAUAGACUCCAGGAUAGUGCAAUGAAGCUGGUUCAUGCAGAGAGAUUGGGAGAAGCUUUUGAUUCUCAGUUGGUGAUUGGAGUAAGAGAAUCCUAUGUUAAUCUCUGUUCAAAUCCUGAGGAUAAGCUUCAAAUUUAUCGAGACAAUUUUGAAAAGGCAUACUUGGAUUCUACAGAAAGAUUUUAUAGAACACAGGCUCCUUCUUAUUUACAACAAAAUGGUGUACAGAACUAUAUGAAAUAUGCAGAUGCUAAAUUAAAAGAAGAAGAAAAAAGAGCACUGCGGUAUUUAGAAACGAGGCGAGAAUGUAAUUCUGUAGAAGCACUCAUGGAAUGCUGUGUAAAUGCCCUGGUGACAUCCUUUAAAGAGACAAUUUUAGCAGAGUGCCAAGGCAUGAUAAAGCGAAAUGAAACCGAAAAACUACACUUAAUGUUUUCUUUGAUGGACAAAGUUCCUAAUGGAAUAGAGCCAAUGUUGAAAGAUUUAGAAGAACAUAUAGUGAGUGCUGGCCUAGCAGAUAUGGUAGCAGCUGCUGAAACUAUUACUACUGAUUCUGAAAAAUAUGUUGAACAGUUACUUACACUAUUUAAUCGAUUUAGUAAACUUGUCAAAGAAGCAUUUCAAGAUGAUCCACGAUUUCUUACUGCAAGAGAUAAGGCAUACAAAGCUGUUGUGAACGAUGCUACAAUUUUUAAACUUGAAUUACCAUUAAAGCAGAAAGGGGUUGGAUUAAAAACACAACCUGAAUCAAAAUGCCCUGAACUCCUUGCCAAUUACUGUGACAUGUUGCUAAGAAAAACACCACUAAGCAAAAAACUAACCUCUGAAGAAAUCGAAGCCAAACUUAAAGAAGUGCUCUUGGUACUUAAAUAUGUACAAAACAAAGAUGUUUUUAUGAGAUAUCACAAAGCUCACUUAACACGGCGUCUGAUUCUGGAUAUCUCCGCUGACAGUGAAAUUGAAGAGAAUAUGGUAGAAUGGCUAAGAGAAGUGGGCAUGCCAGCAGAUUAUGUAAACAAGCUUGCUAGGAUGUUCCAGGACAUUAAAGUGUCAGAAGAUUUGAACCAAGCUUUUAAGGAAAUGCAUAAGAAUAAUAAAUUGGCUUUACCAGCUGACUCAGUGAAUAUUAAAAUUCUGAAUGCUGGUGCCUGGUCCAGAAGCUCUGAAAAAGUAUUUGUUUCCCUUCCCACUGAGCUAGAGGAUUUGAUCCCUGAAGUAGAAGAAUUCUACAAAAAAAAUCAUAGUGGCAGAAAAUUACAUUGGCACCAUCUCAUGUCAAAUGGGAUUAUAACAUUUAAGAAUGAAGUUGGGCAGUAUGACUUAGAAGUAACAACAUUUCAGCUGGCUGUACUGUUUGCUUGGAACCAAAGACCAAGGGAAAAGAUCAGCUUUGAAAAUCUUAAGCUAGCAACUGAACUUCCAGAUGCUGAACUUAGAAGAACUUUAUGGUCUCUUGUAGCUUUUCCAAAGCUCAAACGACAAGUUUUAUUGUAUGAACCACAAGUCGUCUCACCCAAAGACUUUACAGAAGGGACCCUCUUCUCAGUGAACCAGGAAUUCAGUUUAAUAAAAAAUGCAAAAGUUCAGAAAAGGGGUAAGAUUAACUUGAUUGGGCGGUUGCAACUCACCACUGAAAGAAUGAGAGAAGAGGAGAAUGAAGGAAUAGUUCAGCUAAGAAUAUUAAGAACCCAGGAGGCUAUCAUCCAAAUAAUGAAAAUGAGAAAGAAAAUUAGUAAUGCUCAACUACAGACUGAACUAGUAGAAAUAUUGAAAAAUAUGUUCUUACCACAAAAGAAAAUGAUAAAAGAGCAAAUCGAAUGGCUUAUAGAGCACAAAUAUAUCAGAAGAGAUGAGUCAGAUAUCAACACUUUCAUAUACAUGGCAUAACUUUGAAGACUAUGGAAGAUAUGGAAAAUCCAGAUGGAGGUGUGCUUGGGCAGACAGUUGCAACAGUGUGUGCUGGAACUCAUUUGGACUUUUAUUACAUAAAUAUCAAAAUUCCUGCCUUACCUUACAAAAGGACUAUGUUUUGCCAAUUCAUCAAUUAGCAUGAUGGCACUCCCUUCAUGUUGCACACUUUUAACAGCAUGCUGUUUUGUGGGGAAACUUGCAUUCAUCAAGAGCCCAUUGUGAGCUUUUAAAAAUUGAUUUCAUUUAUACCCACCAGGAAGAUUACAGGUUCUUAGGAGUGGAAAGUGGGGGAGGUACUGGGGAAGGAUUUUCUUUCUUUUUUUUCUUUUCUUCCUUUUACUUCCUUUUUUAUUUAAAAGAUAAACAGUACUUACUUGCACAAGGAAUGGUCUUCAAAUAUUCAUGCACUGAAGAACUGCUGGCUGUUUUGUUUUUUAAAUGCAAGUAGGCCUAGAAAUAGCACUUUCAGUUAUUUGUGAUCAACAGAGUAAUGUACUGUCUACCUUUGGUGAACUGUUUUGUGUAAUAUUGGGGGAGACAUACAUCACAGUUGAAAAGAUAACUCUUUGUUACAAUAUUCACUUGUUGGCUCAAACAGUGCUUCAGUAUGUAGUAACUGGAUCUUAACGAUACACAGGUGAUGUAAAUGAUUUCCAUCUUUUAAAUCUUGGCUUCCUUUAAGAGGGAGAUCAUCUCUUCCUUGUUUACUGUAAUGUGGCAUGGAUAUUUUUAUAUAUUUGGCCAAGUAGUUUAACAAAUAAAUGAAAUAGUUGCUUCAUUUGUUUUAAAAAAUAUUGUUACACAGUUACUUUUCAAGGCCUGCAGUAGUAAAAUGAACAUAUGUUAAAUGUGUUUGGUGGUACAUUUAAGAUUUGUGAUCCAAAUAUCUGCUACAUAUAAUUAAUAUUUAUGUUUCAGAUAUCUGAUAAGUGCAUUAAGAACAAUACAAAAACUCCUACUUGGAAUGUGGCACAUUUACAUGAUUGAUUUUUUUCUCAUUUUUGUACUACUAACAUUAAAAACAAUACAAAAACUCCUACUUGGAUGGGACACAUAUACAUGAUUGAUUUUCUCAUUUUUAUACUACUAACAUUUUGUGUUUUUACAGCCCAAAAUACAUUUCGGGGAAGGAAAGAAUAUGAGGAAGCUACUUUUUUAAGAGACCUAUAAAUCACCUGGAAUUGGGAGAUAUGAGAAGUAUCAUCAUAAGAUGACCUAUAAAUGAAUAAGCAUAAUUGAUACAAUCUUAGUAUGAGCAGCAAACUUGCCAAAUAUAUAUAGGCUUACAUGUGAACAAUUAACAUUUUUAAGAUGUUCCAAUGGCAACAAUUACCUUGUUUUUUUCUGUCAGUCAAUCCAAAGUAGUAACUUCAUGGUUGCUGGUAACCUGGUUCCCAGAAUAAUAAAGUUCUUUGGACUUGGGGACAUAAGUAAUAAUUUUAAAAAAAAAGAAAAGGGAAAAAAAUUAUUCCCCAUUGGGAAAGAAAAGCUCAAGUUGGAUUUUUAUUCAUUGAGGUGCAAG